UCAAACUGUGAACUGGGUUCAGGAAUCGGACAUCGCUACAGAACACCGCCACAGUGUGAUUCUUUCAUAUAUCAUUUCGCGAACGGUGCUUUAUUUCGCACGAGAUGACUGUUGGAGCAGAGUCGAAUUAACCGUAGAAUUGUGUAGAACGGAAUUUCAUAUCAAACCGGCAGUUUUUGUUGGGAGGGACGUUUCUCAUCAUGGCUGAGCAUUUAUCCCAGAGUGAACUGGACUAUCCUUUUAAGCUUUUGGAAUAUUUCAAUGGAUUCAGGAUCUCCAAGGCAAUAUUUUCAGCUUGUGAGUUAGGGGUGUUCGACCUCCUCCUCCAAUCCCAAAAGCCCAUGAGCGCAGUAGAAGUGGCACAGAAGCUUGGCACCAGUGAAGACGGUAUAGAGCGUUUACUGGGUGUUUUGGUUGCCAUUGAGAUUGUGGAUGUGGAGGUUGUACAGGGAACAGCUUUUUACAGCAGUACAGAUGUUGCUAAUCUAUACCUGGCCAAGACCAGCCCCAAAUCUCUACAUGAUUUGAUCAUUUAUAACUCUCAGACCAUCUACCCACUCUGGAACAAUCUUGUAGAUGCUGUUAGGGAAGGAAAGAACCAGAAUGAGAAAACGUUUGGCCUCCCAUCUGAAGAGAUCUUCUCUGCCAUAUACAGGUCAGAAGAGGAGAUGCUGAAGUUCAUGGGUCUGAUGAACUCUACAUGGGUCAUUGACGGUCAUGACAUAGUGACAGCAUUUGAUCUUUCUAGCUUCAAGACCGUCAUAGAUCUGGGAGGCUGCUCUGGUGCAUUAGCGCGAGAGCUGGCUAAAGAGUAUCCUUCCUCCACUGUCACGGUUCUGGAUCUCCCGGCUGUGGUCCAGACUGCUCAGCGGCAUUUCACCCAGCAAGACGACACCAUCUGUUUUCAAGAGGGGGACUUUUUUGAGGGAGAAAUCCCUCCGGCAGAUUUAUACAUUCUUGCACGGAUCAUUCAUGACUGGAAGGAGGACAAAAAUCUCAAACUACUGAAGAAGAUUCAUACAGCAUGUCAUCCAGGUGGAGGCGUUCUGAUCGCAGAGGCACUGUUAUUCGAGAACCGCCGGGGUCCAACUAUGGUUCAGAUGUUUUCUCUGAAUAUGUUGGUCCAGACAGAAGGGAAGGAACAUCCACCCUCUCAUUAUACACGGCUGCUCACCGACGCAGGAUUCAGAGACGUGCAAGUCUGUCGGACCGGAAAAUCGUACGAUGCUAUUUUGGCUCUCAAAUGAAUAUGCACAAGUGUGUUGUAAGCGUCGUCAGUAAUCAGACCCCUUCUGCCUUAUCUGCAGAUACGUCAGUGAUCAUGUUCAUGCACAUGUCAGGCAUCUGUUGUUCCAACACAGAGUGAGCACAGAGUGAUCCUUAUGGUUCCUUCAAAAAACACUUUUAGUACCAAUUAGGUUUAGUUAUUUGUGAUGUUGACUCCUGAGGCCUACCAGAUGUAGUCUAAGAAGGGGUGGGAUGAGGAGCUGUUUUGGAUUGGCCAGUGAUGUCAAAAUAAGCUCCGCCCUCUAUCCAGUCUUGCAUAUCUAUACACUGUGGUGUUGACACAUGGUUAAAUGUGACCCCUAGUGCUUAUUAUAAUUAACAGUAA